GUGUUUACUUGCUCUCUCUCUCUUUUUUCUCUCUAAACUCCCAAGGUUUCAUGAGCCAUCAAACCAGCGUGUAAAGCUUUGUCCUGUGAGUUCAACUCUGUGGCACUAUGACUGACCAGGACUACGACUAUCUGAUCAAGCUGCUGGCACUCGGGGACUCGGGGGUGGGGAAGACCACUUUCCUCUACAGGUACACCGACCUCAAGUUCAACCGCAAGUUCACAACCACGGUGGGCAUCGACUUCAGGGAAAAGAGAGUGAAUUACACGGGGAAAGGUGCCGAUGGGAUGACUGAGAAGAACUUCAAAGUCCACCUUCAGCUUUGGGACACAGCGGGACAAGAGAGGUUCCGCAGCCUCACCACCGCCUUCUUCAGGGACGCCAUGGGCUUCCUGCUGAUGUUCGACUUGACCAAUCAGCAAAGUUUCCUCAACGUCAGGAACUGGAUGAGUCAGCUGCAGGCCAACGCGUACUGUGACAGUCCAGACAUCGUGCUGGUGGGCACCAAGGCCGACCUGCAGGAUGUGAGGGACGUUCACACCAGUGAGGCCAGAGAUCUGGCAGAGAAAUACGGCAUCCCCUACUUUGAAACGAGCGCGGUGUCGGGUAUUGACGUGAACCAGGCGGUGAUCGCCCUCCUGGAACUGGUGAUGAAAAGGAUGGAGCAGAGCCCUCAAGGGGCCCCCAGCACUAAACCCAACGGCAGCUCCGUCACCAGUCAGGAAGUCCAGGAGGCUCCUGUCCGUGGCAGGUGUGGCUGUUGAUGGUUCCACCACCUUUUCACAUCCCCCCCCCCCCCCCCCCCCCCACACACACACACACACACACACACACACAAUGACACUGUGUUUUUGGAAUGCUGCUGUUAUCUGGAGCUUGACUUGGGCGCCUGCUAGCUGUGAUCUGGAAAUCAACAAAAAAAAUCAUCCAUACUUAUUGUUAUUACAGUGUGAAUUCCUCUGUUGACAUCUGCCGUCUGCAGACGUUAUUUAUUUACAGCUUGUGCAUUGUGAGAAUAGAGAGAGAGAGAGAGAAGAAGGAAAGGAGUACUCGAUUUGUAUAUGGUAAGUGAAUAUUGGUAUUGUUGUAAAACAAAUUGAACGUUUCAAAUGCACCACGGUGUUGCACCCUUGACUUUAGAGUAGAGACCGUGUCUGUCCCACGGCCACUUCAAUUAAAUAAAUCAAAAGUAAGCAGAAGAGGAGUCGUACACAAUAACCUUAUACAAGUUAACACCAUUAUUUCAGCAGUGCAACAAAAUAGGUCUAUUAAAUGUGGUCUCCUAAAUAUUCGAUCUCUGUCAUCUAAAGCUGUGUUACUGAAUGAUUUAAUAUCAGAUAAUCACAUUGAUUUAUGUUGCCUAACUGAAACCUGGCUGAGCCAUGAAGAAUAUGUCUGCCUGAAUGAAUCGACUCCUCCAAGUCAUAUUAAUACUCACAUUCCUCGAGGCACCGGUCGAGGAGGUGGAGUAGCAGCCAUCUUUGAAUCGAGCCUAUUAAUUAAUCCUCAACCAAAAUUACACUACACCUCAUUUGAAAGCCUUGUUCUUAGUCUUUCACAUCCAACCUGGAAAACACUACAGCCAAUUCGAUUUGUGAUUCUGUACCGGCCACCAGGUCCAUAUUCAGAGUUUAUAUCUGAAUUCUCAGAAUUUAUAUCAAGUUUGGUUCUUAAAACCGAUAAAGUUAUUAUUGUUGGAGAUUUUAAUAUCCAUGUGGAUGUUGAUAAUGAUUGCCUUAGUGCUGCAUUCAUCUCCUUGUUGGACUCGAUUGGCUUCUGCCAGACAGUACAGAAACCCACUCACAGCUUUGGCCACACGCUU